UGGGCAGCUGGUUUUCCUCGAUUCAGUCAUCGCUUGCAGCAGCACUGAGUUCGACGACGGCCGCCGGAUCAGUGCGUAUUUCAUUUUCUGUAGAGCAGCAGUUUAGCCACACUCCACCACCAUGUCUGAUGAUGAAGAGUAUUCCUCUGAAGGUGAGGAGGAAGUCGUCGAGGAGCAGCACGAACAGCCAGCAGCUAAGAGCGAGGGUGAUGAUCCCGAGUUCAUCAAGCGCCAGGACCAAAAGCGCUCGGACUUGGAUGAGCAGCUGAAAGAGUACAUCAACGAAUGGCGUAAACAGCGGGCCAAGGAAGAAGAUGAACUCAAGAGGCUCAAGGAUAAGCAGGCCAAGCGCAAGGUCUCCAGAGCCGAAGAGGAGCAGCGUAUGGCUCAGCGCAAGAAGGAAGAGGAGGAACGUCGCGUGCGCGAGAUUGAGGAGAAGAAACAGCGCGAAAUCGACGAGAAGAGACGUCGUCUCGAGGAGGCCGAGAAGAAGCGUCAGGCGAUGCUGCAGGCCAUGAAGGACAAGGACAAGAAGGGACCGAAUUUCACCAUUACCAAGAAGGACAGUAACUUCGGCAUGUCCAACGCCCAAAUGGAACGUAACAAGACUAAGGAACAGCUGGAAGAAGAGAAGAAGAUUUCGCUUUCUUUCCGUAUCAAGCCCCUGGAAAUGGACGGACUCAGUGCCGAUACUCUCCGUGCCAAGGCCACCGAACUGUGGGAAACCAUCGUUAAGCUGGAGACCGAGAAGUACGAUUUGGAGGAAAGGCAAAAACGUCAGGACUACGAUUUAAAAGAGUUGAAGGAAAGACAGAAGCAGCAGCUGAGACACAAAGCCCUCAAGAAGGGUUUGGACCCAGAAGCUCUCACCGGAAAGUACCCGCCAAAAAUCCAAGUUGCCUCCAAAUACGAACGCCGUGUGGAUACCCGCUCUUACGAUGACAAGAAGAAGCUUUUCGAAGGUGGUUAUAGCGCAUACUAUUUAGAAAAGUUGAAUAAAAAAUGGACGCAACGUCAAGAACUGUGGACGACACGAACCAAGUCCAAACUUCCAAAAUGGUUCGGAGAACGACCUGGCAAGAAGGCCGGAGACCCAGAAACACCAGAGGGUGAAGACGAAGUCAAGCCCGAGGAUGAAGAGGUCGAGGAAGUCGAAGAGGUCGUGGAAGAAGUGGUUGAGGAAGAGGAGGAGGAAGAAGAGGAAGAGGAGGAAGAGGAAGAGGAAGAAGAGGAGGAGGAGGAAGAGGAGGAAGAAGAGGAAGAAUAAAUGUACGAUCGUCAACGGUUUCCUUUUAGAGCUAUUGAUUAAGUUCGGAAGCAUUAUUUUUCUACUACCAUUUCCAAACUAUUCCUCCAAUCAGCGCAGCGAGCAAAUACAAAUCACAAAUCAUGAUGGUGAUGAUAACAAUAAUAUCGAAGAGCUAAAGCAACAGAAUGAAGCAGUACCAGCAGCAACAGCAUCUACUAUUAUGAUUGGAAUCAUCUCACUUAACAUCUUUCAUGAACUCUAUAAUUUUAAAAAUUAUUUUAUUAUUUAAAAUCUCAUUAAAAAUAUUUAUUACAAACUAUACAA